CCAAAAUCGAGCAGAGGCUAGGUCGGGGCGUGAGCGUCAAAUCUACAUAUCCUCUCUCUCUCUCUCUCACAUCCAUAGAUUCGAUUCAAUCGCCGAUCAUUUCUGCUCCUUCAAUCUCUCAUUCUCAAUAAUGCUCCCUGAUUUUCGAGGAUUGGCUUUGAGCUGCCAAGAAAUGGAUGGGGAUGCAUUUUCUGGGGCACAGAUAGAUGGGAGGGUAUUGCAGACAUUUCAGAAAAGCUUUGUGCAAGUUCAAAAUAUUUUGGAUCAUAAUAGGCUGCUGAUUAGUGAAAUUAAUCAGAACCAUGAGUCCAAAAGCCCGGAUAAUUUGACCCGAAACGUUGGUCUGAUUAAGGAGCUAAACAACAACAUCAGAAAGGUCGUCGAUCUCUACGCUGAUCUAUCGACCUCCUUCGCUAAAUCCAUGGAUGCUUCUUCCGAAGGCGACUCUACCGGUCACAAGAGGCACAGGCCUUACUAGAAUGGCAAGACUUCAUUUUUCAUGGGAAAAGAAAUCAUAGAUAUUUGUAGUGAGAUCAAUUCUUUGUCCUAAUUAAUGUCACUGCUAGAAAUAAUUCUUCAAACAAAAGGGAAAAAACUCUGCUGUUGUUAAUGUGUAUGCAGAUGUAUGUACUUGGAGGAAGAAUGUUUGUAACUUUGUAUUUUCUGAUCUCCUGUUCUGAUUGUUCUUAUGCUGGACAACUUAUUGUCAUUAGUAAAACUAGAAUUUUCACCCCGGCGUUGCACGGGAUGAGAUCGAAUUCAUAAUUAUUAAUUAAAUUCUUUAAAUGAUAUAUAACUAUAAU